AUGCUGAGUGCAGCAGGGGUUUGGAAGGAGAGAUGCAGGGAUGGAGAGGGAGAGCUGAGGGAUCUGAGGGGCCUGGAUCAGGAGGGUGGGGGUGUUGAAGAAGUUUUCGAACCCCCUCCUCACCCCUCCUCACCCCUCCUCACCCCCCCAUCUCUCCCUCUUUUUCUUCUUCUUCUGUUUGUUGGAGCCUCAGAGGAGGAGAGCAGCGAGGAGGGCCCGCCACCAACCAAAACAAAGCAAAACAAAAGACCUGAUGGGGGGGGGGGGGGUUACAGGAAGGUGGUGUUAGUGCUUCAGCAUCUCCAGGCAAACACACACACACACACACACACACACACACACACACACACACACACACACACACACACACUCUCUGGGAGGGAUCCUGUUUCACACGCAGAGUGUUAAGCAGUUGUACAGCCCAAGGUCAAACACGGCCCUGCAGGUUCUCCGGGUCAGAACACCAACAGAACCCCACCACCACCACCACCCUCCACCCAGCAGCAGCUCAGGCUGGCACAGACGCUACUGAGCAUGCUCAGUGAGGACCUCCCUUAGAAGAAACAGAUCAUGUGAUGAUGGAGAUCUUUGUUUUCAUCAGAAACACUCAAAUAAAAACAAAAACAUCAAAUAUGAGCAGGUCAAAGGUCAGGACUACACCUGAGCAGGUCAAAGGUCAGGACUACACCUGAGCAGGUCAGAGGUCAGGACUACAUUUAACAUCUGAAACAGGUAAAACAGGUCACUGUGCAAAGGAUUUUCAUCAUUUAAAAUCUUUAAAUAAAAUUUAAAAAAUAAUAAAAUAAAAUAAAAAUUAAGAAAAUAAAACAAAUAAAAAUAAUAAACUAAAAUAAAUAAAAAUAAAGAAAAUAAAGAAAUAAUAACAUAAAAUAAAUAAAUAAUAAAAGAGAAUAAAUAAAAAGUCAAAUAAAAUAAAUAAAAAUAAUAAAAUGAAAUAAAUAAAAAAUAAUAAAAUAAAAUAAAUAUAAUAAAAUAAAAAAUAAAAAAAUAAAAUUAAUAGAAUAAAAUAAAAAGUAAUAAAAAAAUGAAAUACAAAAUAAAAAAAUAUUUCAAGGACAAAAUCUGAAAUGUUGAACUUUGAUUUUUUUUUAAUAAAAGGUGAAAAAAAAUCUGUUUGUUCAUUUUUUAUUUAAUAAUGAUUGAAAAAAGUCAAUCCAGUUCAUGGUCCUCACCAACCCUCUGUAGACCUUAGUAGACCCAACAGACCAGGUUCUGUAGACUUUAGCGGACCCAGCAGGACUCUUCUCCUCCUGUAGUCCCUGGAUGUGGUUCCUGGUGGUGGUCUCGCUGAUGUUCUGAGCUCAGUGUCGGUGUUUCCUCUCAUCUUCUCUCGGGUCAGAGUACGAACAUCUCUUCGUUCAGGAGACCAUCAGGACCAUCAGGACCAUCAGGACCAUCAGGACCACGCCGCUCCACUGACUCAUGAAUAA